GGUUUAAAAAUAGUUGGUCGAAAGGAACGCGUCUUACCUUGGGUGCGCAAAACGCAACUAUUUCUGAAUGUAAUCGCCUACUUCACGCUUCACGAUUGGAAAUUUGAUUAUGAAAAUAUGCGCGAUGUCUGGGGGCGAAUGGAUCCUGUAGAUCAAAAGUUAUUCCUCUGCGAUACGCGUCUGUUCGACUACAAGAAAUGGUGUUUCACCUAUAUGCAGGGCAUGAAGCACUUUAUUUGUAAUGAUCCACUUGAAAAUCCUAAAACAGCGGUGACCCGUUAUAAUCGCAUAAGUUGGGUGCAUUUAAUAUUCAAAUACCUAUUUUACUUUUCCCAGCUGCUUUUGGCAUAUGCGGUGGUAAAGGGUCUAAAACUAGAUGAAGCAUUCGCUAAAUUAAUAAGCAUUAAAUUUGGUUUAGGCAAAGGAACAGCUUCUGCCUAGACAUUGACGAAAUGUGUACUACCUAUAUAUAUAUAAUGCAAGCC